GAACGGGUGCAUCGUCUCGGUCAGACCCCCUUCAAAUAAGCACAGCUCCAAUUUAACACUCGAGCAGCUCUCGAUAAAAGCCGUGGAUUUCGAAAUCCGCUUUUACGCAGGGUUACUUGCGGGCACUCCAGACAUCUCAGAUAAGCAAUGACGGCUCAGAAGUGUGAAAUUUAAAAUUCUCGCAGUACAUGUGGCUCCCUCUAGUUGAAGUUCACACAAUAAAAUGAUUUGGAGGAUUCUUGAAUGAGUGAGGGUUGAGCGUAAGAGAGGCAGUUUCUUUUAAACCCCGCCCCCUUCUAAUGGCAAUGCCUUCCUUUUUUGUUUGUAAAGAUCAUUUAAAUAAGAUGAUCACAGUAUAAGACUGAGAUCAUAGUAGUGUGGAUAGCCAUGCGCAUGCAUUUUGAUAAUCGUAUUCUUAAUUUGCAUGUAAUAGACAUGAAUACACGAUGGUGAGAAUGCCUCCCAGUGGUUACAUCUGUGAGUAGAGCUUGGCGAUUAUUUGGAACAAUCUCAUCAUCGGCGGCGGCGGCGGCUGCUCUUCAGAUGUUCCUCAGAAUGGGAUCGCUUCAGGAGCACUGAGGCUCGAUGGCUGGCUUAACCGAUGCGAUCUUCACCCCAGCAGACGGCAUCGGAGUAUUCAAAGUAAUUCAUUCGACCAACACCCGCAACCUUUUUCUCUUAUGGGGAUCGGAGAGUUUCGCACUAAAACAGCCCGAUCUGUUACCUUAGGGAUGCGGAGAUCUCCAGAUGUGAGCCCAAGACGGCUGUCCGAUAUCAGCCCCCAACUGCGCCAGCUGAAAUACCUGGUGGUGGACGAGUCCAUUAAAGAGGAUCUGAAAUCUUCCCGGUCCGUGGAGGACAUCAGCACUGCUUCUGUCGGGCUAACUUCCAUUGAAGAGAGGAUUUUGAGGAUAACGGGGUACUACGGCUACCAGCCUUGGAGCGCUGUUUACAGCAGAGAUGAACAUCCUCGUGAAAGUCUGGCACCAGCUGAAGCCCAAGCCCCUGCUGCCACUGAGGGAGGGAGGAGAAUGACGCGCUGUUGCAUUAAGCUAUCUGCCGUUCAAGUAAGAAAAAUCUGCUGGGGAGUUGCAGUCAUGCUUUGUGUAUGUUCAACUUGGGCAGGAUCCACGCAGCUUGCGAAGUUCACUUUCAAGAGAUUUGAUGCCCCAUUCACUCUGACUUGGUUUGCUACAAACUGGAACAUCUUAUUUUUCCCCCUGUACUAUGUAGGCCACCUUUACAAAUCAACAGAAAAGCAGACUCCAAAGCAAAAAUACAGGGAAUGCUGCCGAUUUUUUGGUGAAGAUGGCUUGACUGUGAAGAUUUUCUUCAUGAAGGUUGCUCCAUUUGGCAUUCUUUGGACAUUAACAAAUUAUCUUUAUUUAAUUGCACUACGGAAAAUAAACACGACGGAUGUGUCAACUCUUUUCUGCUGCAACAAAGCAUUUGUAUUUCUACUAUCAUGGAUUGUUCUGAGGGACAGGUUCAUGGGAGUCAGGAUUGUUGCUGCUAUACUAGCCAUUGCAGGAAUUGUGAUGAUGACUUAUGCGGAUGGAUUUCAUAGCCAUUCGGUUAUUGGCAUUGCUCUAGUUGUGGCUUCAGCAUCAAUGUCGGCUUUAUAUAAGGUUUUGUUUAAACUCAUACUGGGCAGUGCCAAGUUUGGCGAAGCAGCACUUUUUCUUUCUCUCCUUGGAGGCGUCAACUUUGUUUUUAUCAGCUUUGUCCCAGUUAUAUUGUACUUCACCAAACUGGAAUACUUUGGCCCCUUUGAUGCUAUCCCCUGGGGAAAUCUCUGUGGAGUUUCUAUUUUGCUACUUACUUUUAACAUCCUAGUAAAUUUUGGCAUUGCAAUCACAUACCCCACCUUGAUUUCUCUUGGAAUUAUGCUAAGUGUUCCUGCAAAUGCUGUCGCUGAUCACUAUACCAGUAAAAUAAGCUUCAACAGUGUUCGAGUUAUAGCUGUGCUUAUAAUUUCUUUGGGAUUUCUGUUGCUGCUCUUGCCAGAGGAGUGGGAUGAAUGGAUUAUAAAACUGAUGACACGUCUCAAAGUCCGCAAAAAAGAAGAUCUCCCUGAAGGCAGCGCUGAAGCUGGACAGGGCCUCAACUGGACACGGAGAGCACGAUCUUCAAUGUCCAAUUUUGCUCAUUGAUGUUUGUG